CGGGGCAUGCCGGGAGGAUGGAGCUGCUGCCGGGCGAGGAGUGGCGGGCGCGCGCGGGGCGCCUCUGGGGGUCUCUGGGGCCGGCGCGGAGGGAGGGGCUGGUGCGCGCGCGGUCGCCCCGGGAGACGCUCCGCCUGGCCGCCCCCCUCCUCGGGAGCGCGGAGGAGCGGAGCCUGCGCCGCCUGUCCCGCCGCCUCUCGGUGCGGAAGGAGCCCCGGCUGGCCGAGCCCUGCCGGCAGGAGGGCAACCGGCGCUUCCGGGCCGGCGAGCACCGCGCGGCCGCCGCGCUCUACUCCAGGGCCUUGUCCCACGCGGAGGCUGGCAGUCCAGAAAUGGCCACCUGUUACGCCAAUCGCUCUGCAGCCCUUUUCCAUCUUGGUCAGUUUGAGGUCUGCCUGGAGGACAUCGGACGGGCGCAGCAGAUGGGGAGCUGCCCAGAGAAGCUGCUGCCGAAGAUCCAGCUGCGCAGGGCCGAGUGCCUGCUGUCUUUGGGCCGGCUGCAGGAAGCGGCAGACACCCUGCGCCGCGUGGAGGAGAGCCUCUCUGCGGAGCAGAGGCCGGAGGCCGCCCGUCACCGGGCACUGCUGGGCCGGCUGCAACAGGUGCGGGACGGAGGUGGUGAGGAGAGCGGGGCCUUCCAUCGCCCGUCUGCUGCGCCCGGCCAGGUUGCACCAGACCCGGAGCCCUGGGAGGAGAGCAGCCACGUCUCUGGCGCCUCGGUGGCCGUGAGCUUGCGUUUUUCCAGCUGCAAAGGGCGCCAUUUAGUUGCCGCCGAGGAUCUUCCUCCUGGGAAGCUGUUAGUGAGGGAAGCAGCAUUCGCCAGCGUCCUCUGUCCCGGGGAGAGCCUCUUGCUGGAAGGGACCGUCCAGGCCCUGCAGGACGGGCGGCUGGCCAACCCCGACCUCCACUGCCACCACUGCCUGCGCCCGCUGCUGGCCUCCGUGCCCUGCCGAGGGUGCAGCUAUAGCAGGUACUGCGGCCCUGGCUGUGCCCAGCUGGCGUGGAGCAGCUACCACUGGGCAGAAUGCGCCCUCGGAGGGCUGCUGCUGGCGCUGGGAGUCUUCUGCCACGUGGCCCUCCGGACCGUGCUGGUGGCUGGCUUCGCGCAAGUGAAGGCCUUGGUCACCCGGACGCAGGAGGGAGGCGCCCCCGUUGCUGUGGCGGCUGCAGAACAGGGCGCCCGGCCCAUUCCUGGCUGUGAGGCCGACGGACGGUACAGCGGCUCCUACCGGGCCAUCUUCAGCCUUCUGCCUCACACGGAUCGGCACAGCCCCGGCCUCAGGUUCCUCUGUGGUCUGAGCGUGGCCGCCUUGUGCAAGGCCCUGGAGGAGGACGCUGGCCUGGAAGCCUGGAUCGCAAAGGGGGCCGAGGAGGAGGAGGAGGAAGCAGACGCCCCUGCUGGGCUGGAAGUCUUGGGGGAGGCCAUGCUGCGUCACGUGCUGCAGCUGCAGUGCAACGGCCAGGCUGUGACCGCCCUGCGCCCGUCAGGACCCGAAGACGGGCCGGUGGCCGGCAGUGGGCAGGUACGCCUGGCCACGGGCCUCUUCCCGGCCCUCAGCCUGUUGAACCACUCCUGCGACCCCAACACCAGCGUGGCUUUCACCGGCCGCACAGCAGAGGUCAGGGCCUUGUGCCCGAUUCCUCGUGGGCAGGAGCUCUUCCACUGCUACGGGCCCCAUAGGUGCCGCAUGGGGGCUGCUGAGCGGCGCAGGCGCCUCCUGGCUCAGUACUUCUUUGAGUGCCGCUGUCAGGCCUGCCUGGAGGAGCUGCAGCCCAGGGACGCCCCUGAGGCCGCCCUCUUCUGCUGCCCAGCCUGCCAGAGCCCCAUGCAGGGGAGAGGCACCCUCCGCUGCUCAGGCGAGGCCUGCAACCACCUGGCCCCCGAGGAGGACUUCCACCGCCGGCUGCUUCAUCUUCGGCACUCGACCCGGUCAGCCUCGGAGCUCCUGGAGCAGGACAAGCCAGGUCGGGCCCUGGAGCUGCUGCAGAAGUGCCAACUGGACGCCCAGCGCUUCCUCUCUCCAGCGCACCUGAGCAUGGGCGAGAUCGAGGACCACCUGGCCCAGGUGUAUGCAGCCACAGGGAGGUGGCAGGAAGCGGCCGGGCACCUGCGCAGGAGCCUCCGGGCUGUGGAGGCCCACUUCGGCCCUGCCAGCGUCGAAGCCGGCCAGGAAGUCUUCAAGCUGGCCCAGGUCCUCUUCAACGGGCGCUUGGCCUCCGAAGCCCUGCAGGCCGUCCAGAGGGCCGAGGCGGUUUUGUGGGUGCACCUGGGCCCAGAGAGCAGCCAGCUGCAGGAGCUGAGAGACAUGAGGGUCUGCCUGGAGGAGGAGCUGCUCCGAACCGCACCCGCAACAGCCGCCCAGCUGCUGUGAGCAGAUACGCCAGUCGGCCUGCUGUGCGGAAGGGGCUCGGCACGCACACACAAACCCCCGCCCAUUAAGGAGCCAAAGCAAGAAAUCACCAGACCAUAUGCAGAUGGGCCUGGCGGGGGAUCCAACGGCCUCGCCACCCAUGCAGCCUUGCCAGGAUGCCAGGCCUGGGUCCGUGCCAGCCCAAGGGCAUCGUUGCCUGGGAGGGAAACAGGCUGCUGCAUUUGUCGA